AUGAAGUUCCUCUGUCUCCAUGGAGCAAGCACCAAUGACCAAAUAUUCGAGAUUCAAACCGGUGGCCUACGCCAACAGCUCGAGAAAGCUGGCCACACUUUCACAUUUAUAAAUGGCAAAUUAGAUGCCAAAGUUGAGGAAGAACUCGAAGGCGUAGUCGACGGCCCCUUCUUCGACCAUUACCCCCGCGACCCAAUUCUCCCUGGCUCGCAACUGACUGAAGCAUUCGACCACACAAACCACCUCAUCGCGGAACAAGGCCCCUUCGAUGCAGUACUAGGUUUUUCGCAGGGCGCAGCGCUCGCUGCAUCGCUGAUAGCCCACCAUAAUGAGUUACACCCGGGCGCGGCGCCGUUAUUCCGCGUCGCCGUGUUCCUGUGUGGCGCGAAUCCGUGGGCUACAUCCGGACUUGAGCGUAUGAGCCGCGUAAAUGGGGCUUAUCCCAUCACUAUCCCAACUGCGCAUGUUGUUGGGGCGUUAGAUCACGUUUAUCCGCAGAGUAUGCAGCUUUAUGCGCUGUGUGAGCCGGCUAAGGCCGCGUUUUAUGAUCAUGGUUCUAAGCAUAUGGUGCCGUUUGAUAUGAAGAACACUGAUGAGAUUGUGAGGGUUAUUGAGGAGACCAUUGCUAAGGCUUGA